AUCCAGAUCCAACAACCCACGAUAACUGCCCGAACACCAGUCGACGCCCUUCCACCGCACGCCAUGUCCCGCGAAAAGAGACCCGCCACCGACGCGUUCGGCUCGUCCCAACUGGUCAAACGCGCAAAGUCGGACGCGAGUCUGGGCGGAAGCACUGCAGUGACAGUAGCGAAUGGGACUGGGCAAAAUGGGGCACUCAUACAGACGGGCGCGCGCAACAGCGCACUGCAGUCGCCUGUCAUGGAGCUAACAGGCCAUUCGGGAGAGGUCUUCGCAGCUCGCUUCGAUCCCACCGGCCAGUACAUAGCCUCUGGCUCCAUGGACCGCUCUAUAUUACUCUGGCGCACCGCGGGCGCAUGCGACAACUACGGCAUCCUCACCGGACACAAGCAGGCUGUGCUGGACCUGCACUGGUCGCGAGACUCCAAGGUCAUCUUCUCCGCAUCCGCAGACACGCAGCUCGCGAGUUGGGACGUCGAGACAGGAGAGAGGAUACGGCGGCAUCCUGGACAUGACGAGGUGGUCAAUUGCAUGGACGUCAGCAAGCGCGGUGAGGAGAUGCUCGUCAGCGGUUCUGACGACGGCUACAUCGGGAUCUGGGACACAAGAACGAAAGAGGCCGUUACUUUCAUUCCAACAGACUUCCCCAUCACUGCAAUAUGUCUGGCUGAAGCCGGCAACGAACUCUUCACAGGAGGCAUCGACAACGACAUCAAGGUCUGGGACCUGCGGAAACAGGCCGUCUCCUACACACUGCUCGGACACACCGAUACCGUCACUUCGCUGCAGCUCUCGCCAGACAAUCAGACUCUCUUGUCGAACGCGCACGACUCGACCGUCAGGACUUGGGAUGUCAGGCCAUUCGCACCCGCAGACCGCGGCCUCAUGACUUAUGACGGGGCUCCCACCGGUCAGGAACGCAACCUUCUGAAAGCGACUUGGGAUUCCAAGGGCGAGAAGAUUGCAGCUGGGAGUGGGGACCAGACUGUAGCCAUUUGGGAAGCGCGGACAGGCAAGCUCCUGAACAAGCUACCUGGACACCGUGGCGCCGUGAACGACGUACGAUUCCAUCCGCGAGACGAACCAAUUCUUGUCUCCGCAUCGUCUGAUCGCAAGCUCAUGGUAGGCGAGUUAGGAAAGUGAUAAUGCGGGGAGGAAAUACUUGGGUAUGGGCUCUUGAAUUGGAAACACCACUCCACGUUUGUGGGGAACCGAUCGACGUGAUUGAGAUUGAAAGUCAUCUUCCAAUCACACGUCACGAGGAUUUGUUUACACUGGUCCGCCGGUGCAACAUCGGAUAGGGGGUGCAUUAUCUCGACGCAGUACAGUGUGCAAGUCCGCUGUAAGAAGCAGAACGAAAUAGCGCGUUCCAGACGUGUGAGGGAUGGAAUGCUCUAUAUAUAUCCACCGUGCAAUCGUCACACAAUAGCAGAAAACUCUAGCACGAGCCAAAUUAAACAACACAGCACAACAACACAUCACAUGUCUCU